AUUAAAUCCACAGGAGGAAGAACCGAGCGCGCGACUAACAGUUGUUGCUAAGCAACAGAGUCACUAUGCAGUAGAUAAACAACAUGUCUGAGAAAGCGAGAGCAGCGUCCCAACAGCGGACCAAAAAACCUCAGUCAGCCAACUCUCAGAGACCUCCAGUGUCCAGAUCUGUGAACCGACCUGCUUCAGCUCCAGCUAAGAAUCCACCUCAAAUGGACCUGCUGGCUAAAGAAGAGGAAUACAGGAGGCUUAAUGCAGAACUGGAGGCAAAAACCACUGAGCUGGUACGACAGGCAGAGGAAGUUAUGAGGGGACAAAAUGAAAUGCUCGCAAAGCCUAUCUCAACCCACCUAAGCCUCAAUAUUGCAGAGGACUGUGAGGAAUUUGGGGAGACCAUGGCUACAGUGAAACCACCCACUGCAAGGGUAGAAAUGCCAGUAGCAGAGGAGUCUACAAAAGCACUAAAGCCACAAAGACCUCCUUCCAAUCACAAAAAAACACCACAAAAAAAGAAGCUCACAUUGGUUGAUGAUGUCGCAGUACCUGAGGAUUUUGGGGAUUUCUCACUGGCCAAAACAAUAAGCAGCAUCGAGGGCAAAGUGAGCGACAACUUUACUGAUGAGCAAGUGGAGGAUGAUGUUAUACCAAACACUGGAGAAGAGAUGGGUGCAGAGGCUCAGAUCCGUUUCUUAAAAGCCAAACUACGAGUGAUACAGGAAGAGCUUAACAGGAUUUCAUCUGAAUGCAACAAGAAGGAUGAUGAGAAUGGAGAGUUGUGCAGCAAGCUGAAGGAGGUGGAAGAGGAUCGGGCCAGACUGCAGAGGACCACCAGCGUGCUACAGGCUCAGUUAGAGAAACACAGAGGCCUGGCCGAGGAGGCCAACAGAAACUGUGAUGGUCUGCGACAGCAAGUGGCUACGUUACAGAAGGAGCUUGAGAGCAUAAAGAGGGCCCAGAAGCAGGCAGCCAGCACCCACAGUGCCACAGAGGUGAGGCUGAACAGAGCUCUGGAAGAGGCUGAGAAGAGCAAGGCAGAACUCAACAAGCUCAAACAGAGCAGCAAGGACUGUGUGAAUCAGGAGCAGCAGAGGAUGGAAGCAUUGCAGGCAGAGAACAAAAAGCUUGAGAAACAGAAAGCCGAACUCAUCGUGGGUUUCAAAAAGCAACUCAAGCUUAUUGAUGUUUUAAAAAGGCAAAAGAUGCACUUUGAAGCUGCAAGGAUGCUGUCUUUUACAGAAGAAGAGUUUAUAAAAGCUCUGGACUGGGGCAAAUCAUAGUACAGUACAUGUAUUGUAUUGUUUCUUUGGAUGCCUGUCCUGAAUGUGUUUUGUUGGCUGGUGUGACUUGUUUAUACAGAUUUUAGAACUGAAUUUUGGCUCAAAACCAAAACCCUGGGUGUGAGCUGACCAUUAUGUUCAGUUUUUUGCCCAGACUGUUUCCAAUUGCUUGUUUAUAUAAUAGGGCGCUUGGGUGACCCAGCAGUUUAUAAUGCUAGCCCAUUACCACUGGUAUCCAGGGCUCAAAACCCUAGCAGCCGGUUGGGCGUCUACAUACAGACAUGAUUGGCUUUGUCUGAGAGGGGACGGCUGAGGCCCCAUGAUAGAUUAGUGUUUGGGGUGGCUGUUUUGGGCGUUAUUGCAUUUCGCCCCAUGAUUCCUGGGAAACCUGGACCCUCCACGAACAUAACCGGGAUAAAGCGGUGGAAAAAUCAUAUAUAUAUGUAUCUUUACAAUCGUAUACAGUUUGCUAGAGGAUGUACUUUGUUAAUAAAACAUCUUAAUAAAAUUGUCUUCUGCUU